AUGGAGCCUUCAAAUACCCAAAACGUUCCAGAGGAACCGCGAUAUAUUCAAUUUCCUCACCUCGAACAUGGCACAGUUGUCGAAGGGAAGCAGGCCUUGAACAGAUGGUCCUCCACCAUCACCAGGGGCCAUGAUUUCCCCGGGGCCCAGGCAAUGCUCUACGCUGCGGGCGUGCCAAAUCGUGAAAUGAUGAAAACCGCUCCCCAUGUGGGAAUCUCGACCGUCUGGUGGGAGGGAAAUCCAUGCAAUACUCACCUACAUGACCUUGGGAGGGCAGUGAAGGAUGCAGUCCAAAAGCAAGGAAUGCUUGGAUGGCAGUAUAACACCAUAGGCGUUUCCGAUGCAAUCACAAUGGGCGGUGAAGGCAUGCGGUUUUCUCUUCAGACGCGCGAGAUUAUCGCCGAUUCUAUUGAGAGCGUUACAUGUGCUCAGCAUCAUGAUGCGAAUAUUUCAAUACCCGGCUGUGAUAAGAAUAUGCCUGGAGUCGUGAUGUUAAGUAGAGCUCGCGCCGCCGCCCGUCAUAAUCGUCCAUUUGUGAUGAUAUAUGGAGGCACGAUCAAGAAAGGGUUCUCGAAACUUUUGAAUAAGGACGUCAAUAUAUCCACGUGCUACGAAGCAUCCGGCGCCUUUGUGUACGGGAAACUUAAAGCAGCUUCAGGUGCUGGGGAAAAGGGCCGAACCCCUGAAGAUGUUAUGGAAGAUCUUGAGCAACAUGCAUGUCCAGGAGCGGGAGCUUGUGGCGGGAUGUACACUGCAAAUACGAUGUCAACCGCCAUUGAAGCCAUGGGGCUGUCCCUGCCAGGAUCAUCUUCAAACCCAGCCGAGUCGCCCGCCAAGAUGCGUGAAUGCACGAAGGCAGCAGAAGCAAUCAAGAUCUGUAUGGAGAAGAACAUCCGACCACGAGAUCUCAUGACCAAGGAGUCAUUUGAGAAUGCUCUUGUUAUUACUAUGGCGCUGGGUGGCUCCACUAACGGCGUUCUGCACUUCUUGGCUAUGGCUGGAACGGCUGAAGUACCACUAACCCUCGAUGACAUCCAGAGAGUCAGCAACAAGGUUCCCUUCAUCGCAGAUCUGGCCCCCAGCGGAAAAUACUUUAUGGAGGACCUCUACAACAUUGGUGGAACUCCAUCCGUCUUAAAGCUACUGGUUGCUGCCGGCUUAAUGAAUGGUAACAUUCCCACUGUGACAGGCAAGACUCUUGCAGAGAACAUCGAGAGUUAUCCUUCACUCCCACAAGAUCAAGUGAUUAUCAGGCCCCUGAAUAAUCCGAUCAAGCCGACAGGUCAUCUACAAAUCCUUCGCGGGAACCUGUCUCCUGGAGGAUCAGUAGCUAAAAUUACUGGGAAAGAGGGCCUUGUAUUUGUGGGCAAGGCGAAAGUCUUUGACAAAGAACAUUAUCUCAACGAUGCUCUCAACAAAGGGGAAAUCCCACGAGGCGAGAACCUUGUCUUGAUCGUCAGAUAUGAGGGACCCAAAGGCGGACCCGGUAUGCCAGAACAACUCAAAGCCAGUGCAGCUAUCAUGGGCGCUGGUCUGACCAACGUUGCUCUGGUGACAGAUGGAAGAUACUCAGGCGCCUCGCAUGGGUUCAUUGUAGGCCAUGUCGUCCCGGAAGCUGCCGUUGGUGGUCCAAUUGCGGUCGUGAGAGAUGGCGACAUAAUUACCAUCUCAGCGGAGACAAAUACAUUAAGUAUGGAUGUCAGCGACGAGGAGAUUGCGAACAGGCUGAAGGCUUGGAAACCUCCAAAGCCAAUUGUCAACAGGGGAGUCUUGGCCAAAUAUGCACGCCUCGUGGGGGACGCUUCGCAUGGCGCACUCACCGAUCUAUUUUAG